AUGGCCACCACCAACACCGCGUCGUCUCCACCUAAUUCCACCUCAAAAACUUCUCGAUUUUCCACCCUCAAGGUCUUCAAAUUUUCCAGCAAAGAGAAGAACCUCAAGCCCCCUCCUUUGCCUCCGAAGGACGCCUACUAUCUCCGGAAUAGGUCGCUCGCUUCACUUUCCCCAGAUUCACUGUCGCUUCCCCCAAAUUCCCCACUCUCUCCGCAGCCAAUCUACCAGUACGCGCGUAAGCCCUCUCCAGAACCGCAUCAGACCCACCCCAGUCAAUCAACGAUGUCGUUGGUGUCAUCGGCAGCAUCUGCGAAGUCAUCUCCGUCAGCGGAACGAUCACGGCCACAAUCUCAAAAGAAGGCCCUUUCAUUUCUCAAAUUUCCCAAGCGAAGUCCCAAAUCACCUUCGGUUAAGAGUGUUGGCACUUCAGAACAAUUGGAACCUCCUCCUUCCACUGAUGACGAAGGAAUUUCUUUGCCUUGGAAUUUUCAGCAUAAUAUUCACGUCGAUGAAGGAUAUGUGGGUCUUCCUCCGUCAUGGUCGACAUCCCUUGCAGAGGCUGGAUUUUCGGACGAAGAAAUCAUCGCUAUUCAAACUCGACGUGCAGCUGGAAGCCGAUCCCCUAAUCUCCAAUAUCUUUACACUGACAGACCCAGUUCUCCUGUACCUUACAACCCAGACGUAGUGAACAACAUCUCUCCGGUGCCAAUACCAGUACUCACACAUCCCACACCGCGCUCCACUUCACUCCCUCGUCAGUACUCAGACGCGUCGUUGCAAAGCAGUCAACAUCACCGUCCUUCUGUGCCCGCUUUACCGAACCUUACAUCUCCGUCAAAUGCGUCUUUACAGUCUGGCGGUAUAAGAAGUCCUCCCCGCCGUCAGGUUCCCUCUCCCGAUCAAGCGUCGACACAUCAAUCAACGUCAUCAGUCUCAUAUUCGACUGAUUCACACCAGAGCUCGACCAGCGGGGUGGGUAGCCAAGGCAAAGCCCCGUUGGUACCUUUGCGGAAGGGACCUCCUUUGGAUACUUCUCGUCGGGUGUACAACGUCACAAAUGGCACAUCCUCAUCCCCGCCGCCUCCGUCAUACAUUAAUUCGGCGACUCAGUUUGCGGGCGACAACAAGGAUCCGUCGAGCUUUGCAUCAAGCUCGACCCAACGAUUCUAUGGGAGUACUCAGCUUGAGGAAGCUUCCCAGUUAUCAAUGGACACCCCGCAAGCCAACGAUCUACGGCCUCUUCAUCACAUUCGCAAUCAACAUCAUUCGCUCAGUCAUCACAAACACCCCUUCGACGCGUUCCAAGUCAUUCAAAACCCAUUACGGCGCUUCCCCCUCGAUUAUCAUUGCAUCAAAGUUCAGAUACAAAUCCCUUCUGUCUGGUAUAACCUCCACAACUAUGGAACCAUCCCCACUUUCAAAAGCCGCAACCCCUUCUCAGUGCUGGCAGCACGUCCGACCCCAAGUCGAUCCCUUCUGCCGGAAAGUCAGUCACGACGGCCGCCUCCAUCCCGCCCAAUCCCUCCGAUCACUCCAUCUGUCGCUGGCCCGACACAAGAGGGUUCAUCUCAGUUUAGUGGGCCGGAACGAUCCAAUAUCCCAAACCAUUCUCCUUUAAGUCCACAAUGGGGGGACUCUCCCUCUUCUAAUUCACCUUUGUGGGAUGAGCUCGAAGGCAUAUUGAGCAAGCCUCCGGGGAGUGGGAAAGAACCUUAUUCAGCAGCACUAAGCGAAUCAUUUUCUCCAACUCUACCCUUCACUCCUGAAGAAGAUCGGAUCGCCACCCAGCGCAAGAUACAGAGUACGUUGAAUAGGAGGGACCCGAACAGGGAUUCAAGCAGGAGCAGCUCAUCGACUAUCACCGUGACCGGGUAUAUAGCCCCGACGAUUGUGAGGAAUGUAUCAAUUGCCAGGAGAGCCGGGGCUUAUGUGAUUGAUAAAUCGAAAGUGGGCCUUGGGUCCAGGGAGAGGGCAAUGGAGAGAAAUGGAGUUGCAAGUAAUGGGGCUCAACCUGUGCCUAUGAUAUCCUCGUCUGGUUCCCAACGACCACCGCCUGUUUUCAUGGAGACUAAGCAUCCACCUUCCCCCCUCAGUUCUCAUUUCGGAAGUGAAGAAGAAUCUGCGUCAGGUUCCGGUUCGUCAGGCUCAGCGUCCCAAGAUCACCCUACGCCAACAACAGAAGAUACGAGCUCCCCUCUCUUAUAUUACCUUGAGGGAACACCAUCACCGGAUCCCACUCGUGUCUCCUUUACAGGCACAACAAAUUCGUAUGCAGGGAAACAAAAGGACCCCACCUCACCACUUGCAGAUGCCUUUGAUGAGGAUGACGAGGAUUAUGAUAAUGUAAAAUCCCCAUCGCCGCCUAUUUCUCGCCCAACCAUCGUCAUCAGCGACGACCCUUCACCGACAAAGGGCCCAGUCACAUCCAUAACCACGUCAGGGACACCCCUUUCACCCUUCCAGCUGUACCGUGGGUGGCUCUCGGAGGUCGUCGCUCCUUUGGAGGAGUACAUCGACGAAACGGUUGACCCUCGUGACCAUUAUCUUGAUCUUAAAGAGAUCGCAGAGGGUGAAAGUGGCUCGGUCUUUGCUGCCCGUCUCUCGGAGAAGAAUGCGCAUAAGUUGAGAUUGCCGCCUCUGAUCAAAGCCAAGGACAGCGACGACAUUGCGAACGGGCGGCCAGUAUUGCUUGCCAUAAAGAGCGUGGCCAUUGUUCCGUCUGGGUCACCGAAGCUUCUGGAUCUGAAAAAAGAGCUGGUUUUAAUGCGUGGGUUGUGGCAUGAGAAUGUGCUUGGAAUGGAUGCUCUAUAUGUUGACCUGUCGGAAGACUCGUUGUGGAUUCGGAUGGAACUCAUGGAGAGAAGUUUGGCUGACAUUGUGGGGCUCGUUGGCGAUGGUUUGAUGUUGCAGGAUCGAAUGAUUGCCAGGUUUGCGAGCGACCUGGCGAAUUUUGAUGGAUAUGACGACAUAGCUGACUUUUCAAAUGCUGUUCAAGUUGUUGGAUCUCCCAUGCGCUCUGACCCUGCAGGUGUCAUUUUUUGGCAGGCUCCAGAGAUGCGCAAGCCCCCUUAUAACGCUUUAAAAGUCGACGUAUGGUCACUAGGUGCCACUGUUUGGGAAAUGGCUGAAACUGAGCCACCUUUCUCCGAGACCCAACAGUUUACAGAUCGCUGGCCACCACUGCGUCAACCUGAACUAUACUCACCCGCUUUUCACGACUUUCUGCGUCGAUGUUCAGAACCUGUUUUGUCUCGUCCAAGCCCAAGCGAUCUCAUGAAGACUUCCUUCAUCAACAACGCAUGUGGGCGACAAGUUAUCGUGCAGCUUCUGUCUCAGUGCAUGGCUAUCGAAGAGUUACUCCAGGAUGGAAACGAUUCCUCACGACCGAAUUUGGAAUAAUUUAUACCCUGAUCAUUAUAUCUUAUCGACUUGCAAAUGCUCUCUCUAUCUAUAACCCAUCUAUCUUCCCUGCUACACUUUCUACGGCAUCUUUCAAUCUGAAGGACUCUUUUACAACCAUGUCAUUCUCAUCCUCACUGCACUCCGCGAUAAAUGUUGUUGUCUCAGCCACAAAACCUAUUAUUCGCUUC